AUGGUUGCGGAACAACUUCGUUUGGAUUUAGAAGAUGCUGCAAAUCGCAUGCGUAUCUCUGCUAUAGAAAUGACCUGUGCUAGCAAGAGUGGACAUCCAUCCUCUUCUACUUCUGCAGCUGAAAUCAUCUCUACUCUCUUCUUCCAUGAAAUGAAGUAUGACAUCGCUGAGCCUAAAUCUGCUAGCGCUGAUCGUUUCGUUCUUUCCAAGGGACAUGCUUGCCCCAUUCUGUAUGCUGCUUGGGAAGAGGCUGGUCUACUGUCUCACGAGCAAGUUCUCUCUUUGAGAAAAAUUGACUCCGACAUUGAGGGACAUCCUACUCCAAGAUUGAACUUCAUCGAUGUUGCUACCGGAUCUUUGGGACAAGGGCUUUCUUGUGCUGCUGGUAUGGCAUAUGUCGGAAAAAAUAUUGAUAAGGCCAGUUAUCGCGUUUACUGCUUGCUAGGAGAUGGAGAAAGUGCUGAAGGAUCUGUCUGGGAAGCCGCUGCCUUUGCUUCAUACUACAGCCUGGACAAUCUAGUUGCACUCGUAGAUGUCAACAGACUCGGCCAAUCACAACAAACUGCCCUUGGGCAUAGUGUUGAAGUUUAUCAGGCUCGUUUUGCCGCUUUUGGAUUCCAUUCGAUUGUUGUCGAUGGACACAAUAUCGAUGAAUUGAUUGCUGCUUAUGAAACUGCCAAAAAUACCAAGGGAAAGCCAACAGCUAUCAUUUGUAAAACAUUGAAGGGAAAAGGAAUUGAGGGAGUGGAAGACCUCGAUAACUGGCAUGGAAAGCCUGUUGCGGCCGAUAAGAUCAACGCAAUUAAAGCUCGUUUCCACGGAAGUCAAAAAGGCAAACUUGUAGCUUCUAAGCCACUGAAUGAUGCUCCUGUGGUUGAUCUUCAACUAGGGUCGAUCAAGAUUGCUACUCCAACUUACAAGAAGGGAGAAAAGGUUGCUACUCGCGCUGCUUAUGGAACAGCUCUUGCUAAGCUUGGUGACGCAAGUCCCAGAGUCAUUGGGCUUGACGGUGAUACCAAAAACUCUACUUUCUCUGACAAACUUCUAAAUAAACAUCCCAACCAGUUCAUUGAAUGUUUCAUUGCUGAACAAAAUCUUGUUGGCGUUGCCGUCGGUGCUCAAUGCAGAGACAGAACUAUUCCAUUCACAAGCACUUUUGCUGCUUUCUUCACUCGUGCUGCUGAUCAAAUCCGCAUGGGAGCUGUUUCAUUUGCAAAUGUGAAGUUUGCUGGUUCUCAUGUUGGAGUUUCCAUCGGAGAAGAUGGACCAUCCCAAAUGGCUCUCGAGGACUUGGCUAUGUUCCGUGCUAUUCCUGGCUCAACUGUUUUCUACCCCACUGAUGCUGUCUCAGCUGAACGAGCCACUGAGCUUGCUGCUAAUAUCAGAGGAAUGGUUUUCAUAAGAACAGGUCGCCCAGCACUAGAAGUUCUUUAUGACAAUGAUGAAGUAUUCCAAGUUGGACAAGCUAAGAUUGUCAAACAAUCUCCUCAGGACAAGAUUGUUCUUAUUGGAUCAGGAGUUACUCUUUAUGAAUGUCUCAAGGCUGCUGACCAACUAGAGAAGGAAGGCAUCCAUGCUUGUGUCAUUGAUCCUUUCACCAUCAAGCCUAUUGACAAGCAAACCAUUCUUCAACAAGCCCAGCGCGUCGGUGGUAAAGUUUUAACUGUCGAGGAUCAUUAUCCAGCUGGAGGAAUCGGAGAAACAGUAUCUGCUGCUUUGGCUGAUGAAGCUGUUAGAGUUCGUUCUCUAUGCGUUCACGAUGUUCCUCGCUCAGGACCACCUGAUGAUUUGGUUGACUUGUUUGGAAUCUCGGCCCGCCACAUCGUCAAUGCUGUCAAGCAGUUUUAA